AUGGCGUCUUCUCACAAGACUUUCAGGAUUAAGAGGUUCCUGGCCAAGAAACAGAAGCAGAACCGGCCCAUUCCUCAGUGGAUUAGAAUGAAAACUGGCAAUAAGAUCAGGUACAACUCCAAGAGAAGACAUUGGAGAAGAACCAAGCUGGGUCUCUAA